CCGCCGCCCGGGGGGAGCAGCCCCUGCUGGAGACGCACCCCCAGAACCGGGGGGGCGAUGAGGCGCCUGCCCUGGAGGGGGUCGGUGGGGGGCUGUGCUGCAGCCCGUGGCUCCAAGCCCCAGAGAUGCACCUCCAGCUCCUCUGCCAGCCACCCGCUGCCGGAGAGCCCGGGCCAGGAGCCGGGCAAGGGCCAGCGGCGCAUGAACCCCCUUAACAUCCAGAUGCUCUCCAAGACCCUCCACGAGCAGAUCUUCCGGGGGGCCCAGGUAUGCUACUCGGCGGCCGACAUCCAGAGGAGCGUGGAGCACCUGCAGCGCCACGACCUGUGGGGCAAGGAGACCUCCACCCUCCCUGACGUGGACCUGCAGCUGCCCCGCAUGUACGGGGACAACAUCGACGAGCAUUUUCGGCUCCUGGCGCAGAAGCAGAGCUUGCCCUACCUGGAGGCGGCCAACGAGCUGCUGCGGUGCGAGCUGCCCCCCGUGCCCGCCCAGUGGGCAUGGCAGCUCGGCUGGACCCGCUACGGCCCCGAUGGGCAAGCGGAAGCCGUCGACUUCCCCGAAGAGCGGGCGGUGGUGUUGGACGUGGAGGUGUGCGUGGCUGAUGGCCACUGCCCGACGCUGGCCGUGGCGGUCUCACCACACGCCUGGUACUCGUGGUGCAGCAGGCGGCUGCUGGAGCAGCGCUACUCCUGGUCCAGCCACCUCACCCUGGCCGACCUCAUUCCCCUGGAGAGCCCGGCAGCCGCCAGCUGUGCUGGCAAGCAGGACUGGCAGGAGAGAGUGGUGGUGGGACACAACGUGGCCUUCGACCGGGCGUUCAUCAAGGAGCAGUACCUCAUCCAGGGCUCCCGGGUGCGUUUCUUGGACACCAUGAGCAUGCACAUGGCCAUCUCGGGGCUGACGGGCUUCCAGCGCAGCCUCUGGAUGGCUGCCAAGCAGGGCAAGAGGAAGGGACUGCAGCAGGUCAAGGAGCACAUGAAGAAGACACGCAGCAAAACGGAGGGGCCAGCUAUCACUUCGUGGGACUGGGUGCACGUCAGCAGCAUCAACAACCUGGCAGAUGUGCACGCUCUGUACGUCGGGGGGGAGCCGCUGGAGAAGGAGGCACGGGAGCUCUUUGUGAAGGGGACCAUGGCCGACAUCAGGAGCAACUUCCAGGACCUGAUGUCCUACUGUGCCCGUGAUGUCCAGGCCACCCAUGAGGUGUUUCAGGAGCAGCUGCCGCUCUUCAUGGAGAGGUGCCCCCACCCCGUGACGUUUGCUGGGAUGCUGGAGAUGGGGGUGUCCUACCUGCCUGUCAACGGGAACUGGAAGAGGUACUUGGAUGAUGCUCAAGGCAUCUAUGAGGAGCUGCAGAAGGAGAUGAAGAAGUCCCUGAUGAACCUGGCUAACGAGGCCUGCCAGCUGCUGCACGAGGAGAGGUACAAGGAUGACCCCUGGCUCUGGGAUCUUGAGUGGGACACACAGGAGUUUAAGCAGAAGAAGAAUCCGGGGAAGAAGAAGAAGAAGGGUCAGGACACAGAGGUCAGCAAAGCCUCCGUGGUGGCGGCAGGCACAGAUGAGUCUGCACAGGAGUGGCAGGAAGACCCUGGCCCCCCUGGCGAGGAUGAGGAGCUGAAAGCCCCUGCCAGCCAGGUUUGCCUGGAGCGUCUGAAGGAGACAGUCGAGCUGCAACCCAAGAGACUCCAGCACCUGCCAGGCCACCCGGGCUGGUACCGCAAGCUGUGCCUGCGCCUGGAGGACGCCGGGUGGGUGCCGGGACCCAGCCUCAUCAGCCUGCAGAUGAGGGUGACCCCGAAGCUGAUGCGCCUGGCCUGGGAUGGCUUCCCCCUCCAUUACUCGGAGAAGCACGGCUGGGGCUACCUGGUGCCGGGGCGGCAGGACAAUUUGCCAGCAACCCCCUUGGAUAUGGAAGGUCCUCCCUGCCCGCACAGGGUGAUCGAGUACCUGUACAGGCAGUACUGCCUGGAGAAGGGCAAGGAGCAGCCCCCGGGGCUGGACGCUGCCACGGAGGACGAGCUGCUGGUGAUGGACGGCAGCACGAUAUGGCAGAAGGUGGAGGAGCUGAGCCGACUGGAGGUGGACGUGGAGGAGAAAAUGAGCAGAGCAGACCAGAGCCUGGUGCAGGAUGAGAUGGAUGAGCUGUACGAGCUGGGGGAGGUGAGGAGCCAGCCUUUGUACCACCAUGGCAACGGUCCCUACAACGAUGUCAACAUCCCCGGCUGCUGGUUCUUCAAGCUGCCUCACAAGGAUGGGAACGAUAACAACGUGGGAAGCCCUUUUGCCAAGGAUUUCCUGCCCCAGAUGGAGGACGGCACCCUGCGGGCUGCUGUGGGCCGCACCCACGGGACCAGAGCCCUGGAGAUUAACAAAAUGAUCUCGUUUUGGAGGAACGCUCACAAGCGGAUCAGUUCCCAGAUGGUGGUGUGGCUGAAGAAAGGGGAGCUGCCUCGCGUGGUGACCAGGCACCCCGACUAUAACGAGGAGGAUGAGUAUGGAGCCAUCCUGCCGCAGGUGGUGACCGCGGGCACCAUCACCCGCCGGGCGGUGGAGCCCACGUGGCUGACGGCCAGCAACGCCCGGGCCGACCGGGUGGGCAGCGAGCUGAAAGCCAUGGUCCAGGUGCCGCCUGGCUACUCCCUGGUGGGCGCGGAUGUGGAUUCCCAGGAGCUCUGGAUAGCUGCUGUCCUUGGCGAGGCGCACUUCGCCGGCAUGCACGGUUGCACCGCCUUCGGCUGGAUGACGCUGCAGGGGAAGAAGAGCAACGCCACAGACCUGCACAGCAAGACAGCCGCCACGGUGGGCAUCAGCCGGGAGCACGCCAAGGUCUUCAACUACGGGCGCAUCUAUGGGGCCGGGCAGCCCUUCGCCGAGCGGCUGCUGAUGCAGUUCAACCACCGGCUGACGCAGCAGCAGGCCCGCGAGAAGGCCCAGCAGAUGUAUGCUGUCACCAAGGGUGUCCGGAGGUGGGUGCUGCCCCUGGGGGAGGCGGAGGGGGAGCGGGGACAGGGAUGGCGGCUGUGUCCCAUGGGACACCUCAGCCUGGGUGUGUGGGUCACUCUCUCUCGCUCCUCCAGGUUUCAUCUCUCUGAGGACGGGGAGUGGUUGGUGAAGAAGCUGGACCUGGCUGUGGACAGGGCAAAGGAUGGAUCGGUGUCGGUCCAGGAUGUCCACCGGCUCCAGAGAGAAGCCAUGAAAAGGUCCCGGAAGAAGAAGAAGUGGGAUGUGGUGCUGCACCGAGUGUGGGCUGGUGGCACCGAGUCUGAAAUGUUCAACAAGCUGGAGAGCAUCGCCUUAUCCCCAUCCCCACAGACCCCGGUGCUGGGCUGUCACAUCAGCAGGGCCCUGGAGCCCGCUGUGGCCAAGGGGGAGUUUCUGACCAGCAGAGUCAACUGGGUGGUGCAGAGCUCAGCCGUCGACUACCUGCACCUCAUGCUGGUCGCCAUGAAGUGGCUUUUCGAGGAGUUCGACAUCAACGGGCGCUUCUGCAUCAGCAUCCACGAUGAGGUGCGCUACCUGGUCCAGGAGCAGGAUCGCUACCGGGCAGCCCUGGCCCUGCAGAUCACCAACCUCCUCACAAGGUGCAUGUUUGCCUACAAACUGGGCCUCCAGGAUCUGCCACAGUCGGUGGCUUUCUUCAGCGCGGUGGAUGUUGACCAGUGCUUGAGGAAAGAGGUGACCAUGAACUGCGUGACGCCAUCCAAUCCAACCGGCAUGGAGAAGAAAUACGGCAUCCCUCAAGGAGAAGCACUGGAUAUCUAUCAGCUAAUUGAAAUAACCAAAGGCUCACUGGAGAAGAAGUGAUGAUGCUGGAGUGCCAGAAUGAUAGUCGUCCAGAGAGCGCGCCAGGGCCUGGCUGUCCUUUCAGGAGGAGAUCGUUUGGCAAAGACUGAUCCUGGUCACUCUCUUUCCUUUUUUUUUCUUCUGUAAGAAGGGAUGUUCCUGGGGAAGAUUUUGAUAGCAGCACAGUCGACCAGCAGAGGUGCUUCUGAGGGCAGCAGCUAGCUGUAAAACCUGAGACAGUGACCUGAGUGGCUGCUUGCAUGCCCAUGAGCACAAAGGAAGAAGUCCUAAGUAUUUGGCAAGAGAAACAAGAAGCCAUCAUCUCCACACACGCAUUUCUCCAAGACCAAGGCACUGUGGGAGGAGGCAGCAGCAGCAACUCCAGCUUUAUUUUUUCCUCUGUCUCUUCUUUUUGGGUUCCUGGUUCUCGUCUGUCUGCUCCGCGGUGCUGCUCUGGAGGGGGAAGGAGAGAGCAGGGGUACAGUGUGUGAUUGGGUUUGUGUGAUUAGUCUAAGGAAUGUUUACUUAAAGCGAGAAACUAGAUGAGAAGAACAGGAUUUAGCUCUUUUUCCUCCCAGACAAAAUGACCUGAACACAGGACUCCUCUCGCCCACUGAGACUUUCCCCAUGGAAAGUUUGUGCUGGAACUUAGGCCCCGGGUUAUGAAUGGCACAGGACAGUCCCUGUUUGUGCUGGGUUUGGGUUGUUGAAACACUCAGGAAAUUACAGACAGAAGCACCAAUAAAAACCUGGACAAUCAGCAAAGUCAACUGUUUAUCUUUUUCUGCUGCACAGGUUGGCUGCCUUUCACCAGCAGUAUCUAGUAGAGGAGAUGGGUGGGAGGAGAACGUUGCUGGGCAGAGCUUGCCCUGCCAGCUCUUUGUCUGCAAAAGUUAACCUGGAUGGAAAGGUCUGAUCCUGGCCAACCAGUAGACCCUCAGAGGCAAUGCUGGUCAACCUCUCUGCUUG